AAGUUACGAAAACAAGAUGGCGGUUUAGUUUGGAUAGUUUUUUUUAAAGACCUUUUAAAAUAGGUGCCUUGCGCUCUUCAUUUACUUGAUUGCUUUCAUCGCGAUCAAAUUGAAAAGAAAUAAUAUACAAUGGACAAUCUUUAUCAAGAGACCAAUCGGCUCAUCGUAGGAGUUCAGGGUUUGCUCAGCAAACUGAGUUCUGCACAUCCUGAUUCGCUGAACGCUCUUGAACAAGAAAUAGAACAAAACUUGGAGCAAGCAUCUGCUAAUUGUGACCGUCUGGGGAUCCUUAUAAACAAGGAACCACCUCAGAAGAAACAGAGUGCCAGAAUAAAAGUCGACCAAUUGACAUAUGAUUUAAGACACCUAAAGACAGGCUUUAACAACUACCAGCAUCGCAAAAUGCUCAGGGAACAGGAGGAAAGAGAAAGAGAAGAGCUCUUAAACAGAAGGUUUACUACAAAUAAUAGUGGGGAGACAUCAAUUAUGAUAGACCAUGCUCUACAGCAUAACACGUCUCUUCAAAAUGCUGACCGAGGAAUCAGUGAUUUACUGAGUAGUGGCUCCAGUAUUUUGACAAGUUUACGAGAUCAACGUGUCACUUUAAAAGGCGCGCAAAAGAGAAUAUUGGAUAUUGCCAGCACUCUUGGACUUUCCAACACUGUUAUGAGAUUAAUUGACAAGAGAGCCACACAGGACAAGUGGAUUGUUUUUGGAGGAAUGAUAGUCACCUGUAUAAUAAUGUUCUUUGUGGUGAAAUACUUGACAUGAUAGCUACCAAUAUGAUACAUUUUGAAAGACUACUUUUAGUAUAAACUUUGCCGAAAAUCUCCUAUACUCCAAAAUGAUCAAGAUCUUAGGCAUGAAGACUAAACAUUCAAAGGUGAAAUAGGAAAUGGCCAAAGGAACUAAGAUGCUGAAAAAUCGCUCAAGUCUUGCCUUAGAAUGUGAGAAAGAACUUUGGUUUAUUAAAGAUACUCCAAGAACUUUUA